CAAAUUAUAUGGAAAACUCUUGCAGGAGGAGCUCAUUCAGCUCUUGUCACCGUGAAGAACAACUGCGGGUUCAAUAUCUGGCCAGGAACACUAACCGGGUUUGGUUCACCGGUUCUAACAGGUUUCAGUUUGGCACCGCAAGCCUCCAAAACCGUCAACAUUAUUCCAUCUCCAUGGUCCGGGAAAUUCUGGGCUCGAUACGAGUGCUCGAUUUCCAGCAAUAAAUUUACUUGCCUUAGCGGAGAUUGCGCGUCAGGCCAAACCAAAUGCAACGGGGCGGGUCCAACACCGCCCAUAACUCUGGCCGAAUUCACUAUAGGAGGAGCCAACGGUCAAGAUUUUUUCGAUAUCAGUCUAUUCGAUGGUUUUAACCUACCGGUUUCAAUGACACCCGAUGGAGCAAGUUGCCAAACUGUUACCUGCGCGGCCAAUAUCAACUCCGAUUGUCCUGAUGCAUUAGUUGUCAGAGGCCUCAAUGGAGUUGUGGUUGGUUGUAAAAGUGCUUGCGCUGCUUUUAAUCAGCCAUACUGUUGCACCGGCGAUUUUGGUAGCCUCGACACUUGCAAGCCAACGAACUAUUCAAUGUUAUUCAAGAAACAGUGCCCGCAAGCAUACAGUUAUGCUUUCGAUGAUAGGACGAGCACUUUUACGUGCCCCACGAGAGCGAACUACCUAUUGCCCUUAAGUAAUUAG